UUCGUCUCCGACCCGGCGUCGCAGCCCUACUCCUUCCACGCGACGGCCACCGUCCUCAACUCCGGCACCACCCCGCUCAAGUCCUGGUCCCUCCUCGUCGCCUUCCGCCACGGCGAGAUCCUCGUCUCCGCCUCCGGCGCCGUCCUCACCGACGCCUCCGACUUCCCCUACAACACCUCUGGCGACGCCACGACCUCCUUCUCCGGCUACCCGAACCCCGACCUCCUCACCCCGAUCGCCACCGCCGGCGACCUCUCCCUCAUCCAGGCCCAGAUCGACCUCGUCGGCACCCUCUUCGCCCCCGCUCCCCCCUACGCCCCGCUCCCCGCCUCCCUCUCCCUCGCCGACCCCUCCUUCCUCUGUCCUCCCCCCUCCCCCGCCUCCAACGCCUCCACCCUCAUCUCCACCUGCUGCGUCCCCGACCCCUCCUUCUCCCCCAACGCCACCGACGCCGCCGCGCUCGCCAACUCCACCACGAGCUUCCUCCCCCGCCGCGCCGGCGACCUCACCAUCUCCUACGACGUCCUCCAGGCCUACCCCUCGUCCUACCUCGCGCUGGUGACCAUCGAGAACCACAACCCCCUCGCCCGCCUGGACAACUGGCGGCUCUCCUGGGAGUGGAAGCGCCAGGAGUUCAUCUACUCCCUGAAGGGCGCCUACCCGCUGGAGGUCGACGCCACCGGCUGCGUCUACGGCCCCCAGGGCCAGUACUACCAGGACCUCGACUUCUCCAAAGUGCUCAACUGCCAGCGGAGCCCCGUCGUCCUCGACCUCCCGCUGUCGCGCUACAACGACUCCCAGCUCGGCCUCAUCCCCCACUGCUGCCGCAACGGCACCAUCCUGCCCAAGUCCAUGGAUCCCUCGCAGUCCGUCUCCGCCUUCCAGAUGCAGGUCUUCAAGAUGCCACCGGACGUCAACCGCACCGUGCUCUACCCCCCGGCCGCCUGGAAGAUCGCCGGCGGCUCCGACCUCAACCCGGACUACGCCUGCGGCCCCGCCGUCCGCGUCGCCCCCGCCGAGUUCCCCGACCCCAGCGGCCUCGAGUCCAACACCUCCGCCAUCGCCUCCUGGCAGGUCGUCUGCAACAUCUCCGCGCCCAGAGGCUCCAAGCCCAAGUGCUGCGUCUCCUUCUCCGCCUUCUACAACGACUCCGUCGUCCCCUGCGGCACCUGCGCCUGCGGCUGCCCCGCCGCCCGCACCUGCAACGCCUCCGCCCCGCCGCUGCUCCUCCCCUCCGAGGCGCUCCUCGUCCCCUUCGACAACCGCACCGCCAAGGCGCUCGCCUGGGCCGAGCUCAAGCACUUCGCCGUGCCCAAUCCGCUCCCCUGCGGCGACAACUGCGGCGUCAGCAUCAACUGGCACCUCUACACCGACUACGCCAAGGGGUGGAGCGCGCGGAUCACCCUCUUCAACUGGGAGAGCGUCGACCUCCCCAAUUGGUUCGCCGCCGUCGUGAUGGACCAGGCCUACGACGGCUACGAGACGAUGUACUCGUUCAACGGCACCCGGGUCGGGGACCACACCAUCUUCAUGCAGGGGAACGAGGGCUUGAACUACCUCGUCGGCGAGACGAACGGAACCGACCCCUCCGAGGAUCCCAGAGUGCCCGGGAAGCAGCAGUCGGUGAUCUCCUUCACGAAGAAGCCGACCCCCGGGAUCAAUGUGGUCGCCGGGGACGGUUUCCCCUCCAAGGUUUACUUCAACGGCGACGAGUGUUCGAUGCCCGCUAGCAUUCCUACGAGCAAGGGCCUCCGGACUAUCGCCACCACCGGCAUCUUCAAUUUGGUAUACGUUCUCGGCGUUUCGGCUCUUUUGCUGUUCCGAGUAUAGAUCUGAGAUCAGCAGCUGCUGCUGCUGCUGCUAAAUUUUUUGAUUCUUUCGAUAUUUUUGUGCCGAUGGUUUGCGCCAAAUUGUGGGUUUGGUGUGCCAGUUUGUGAUGAGCACAAAAUUAAGCACUAAAACAUAUACUGGAUGAAGAGCUGAGAACUGAGUUUGAAUACCUGCUUAUUAGAUGUAAUUUUUGUUGAUUCACUCCUCUUAGACUCUGCAAUGUUUGAUAUGCUCCCUCCCAAGUUAAUGUCAUCUUUUAUACUCAUAGAUACAAUGUAAUAUACUAUAUAGUUCGCUUUGCCCCCUCAAACUCUCUGCGUUUGCUAUGUCUAGUUUGGUUAUCUUCUUAUUUACUGAACAAUUUUCCGAUU